UUUUGGCUCCUCUUAGUGAUAUAAAAUUGGCCUCAGCUAUUGCAUCUCACAGGCCUUAAUCGUUAAGUUGGUCUUGCAUGUAGUUAGUUACAAUAUCGCCAACGCUUCCGUAAAUCGUACACCGAGUAGGAAAUUGACUAGAAAGAGUUCUGAGUUUGGUGGAAACAUUCUUUGAAAAUGACGACGGCUUCAAGACCAACUUUUGCCCCCGCUACUGGCGGACAAGGCAGGGGAGAAACGUCUCUCAGUUCCAUGAGUAAACAAUAUUCAAGUCGAGAUCUUGCAUCGCAUACAAAAUUGAAAUACAGGGAUAUUGGUCAAGGAUCAUCAGAAGAAGUGAGAAACAAGGAUUUGAAAAGAGAUCUUGAAGAACGAGAGAAAUUUCAUAAAGAUAAAAGUGAUAGAAAAGAUAGAUCAUUAAAGAAUGUUUCAUCAGUCUCAUCUGCCCAAAAGUUUCGUGUAGAUUCAACCAGUAAUGGCUUAGAUACAGAUGAUCCCAUUGAAGAUGAAAGUGAUGAUAGUAUUGAUGAUGAAGAAGAGGAUGAUACAGCUGAGUUAAUGGCUGAAUUGCAAAGGAUUAAAGCUGAACGAGCAUCUGAAUUGGCCAAAAAAGAAAUGGAACAAAGACAGGAAGAGGAGCGUAUUAGGAUGGAAAACAUUUUAAGUGGAAAUCCCUUGUUGAAUUACACUGGGAAAUCGCAAAAGUCUGAUUUGCGCGUUAAACGCCGUUGGGACGAUGAUGUCGUCUUUAAAAAUUGUUCUCGCGCUGAACCGGAACGAAAAGAAAUUACUUUUAUCAAUGACUCACUUCGUUCCGAAUUCCACAAAAAGUUCAUGGACAAGUAUAUUAAGUAAUUCUAGUUUCUUUGCUAAUAAAAAUACAUUUCCAUACUUACA